UUUAAAAUCAGAAAUUACAAAUUUUAGCGCGCUUAAACAAAAAAUUUGAAAACCCGCCAAAACUUUUAAUUUGAUUGAAGAUCCGCAUGAACACACUAAAAUGAAUCUACACCGUCCAUUAAGAAUAAAUCAACGCUCAAGAUUCAUCCUCUUCAUUUCACCACUACUAUAAAUACCAAACUCAAAUCCCACACUUUCCACAACAAACUCCAUUUUCUCUUUCAAUUUUCCCGAGAAACAAACAACUCAAUUUCAUCCCCUCAAUGGCUCGUACCAAGCAAACAGCAAGAAAAUCCACCGGAGGAAAGGCUCCAAGGAAGCAACUGGCAACCAAGGCGGCAAGAAAGUCUGCUCCAGCCACCGGAGGAGUGAAAAAGCCACAUCGAUUCAGGCCAGGAACCGUUGCAUUGAGAGAGAUCAGAAAGUACCAGAAGAGUACUGAGCUUUUGAUCCGAAAGCUUCCGUUCCAGAGAUUGGUGAGAGAAAUCGCUCAGGAUUUCAAGACCGAUCUUCGAUUCCAAUCCAGCGCUGUGUCUGCUCUUCAAGAGGCUGCGGAGGCUUACUUGGUCGGUGUGUUUGAAGAUACUAAUCUCUGUGCGAUCCACGCUAAGAGAGUUACAAUCAUGCCAAAGGAUAUUCAGUUGGCUCGUAGGAUUAGAGGUGAGAGAGCUUAGGGUUUUGCAUUUCUCUUCUGUAAUUGCUUUUAGAUCAUUGUUUUUUUUUUUUUUGUUGAAUCCAAUGGAUGAUUAUUAGAUUAGUUUAGCUCAUGUUGUUAAUUAUUAUUACUGUUUUAUCUAAUUAAUGAAGUAUUAGUAAUUUGAUUAAUCUUGUUCUAAGGUUGAAUUAAUGUAUCUUUCUUUUUAUAUAAAAUAAGCUUAAUUCACUAAUCCUAAACAAAAAUAAGCUUAAUUUCAAUCCAAAAAUAAUAAUUUUGCAGAUUGUGAAUUGUACAAUUAGGGCUUACAGAGAGAGAUUUCACAUAAAUUGUUCUUUUUCUCUAAUGGUGUGCUUAUCGAAAAUGUGUCGUUUUUAUAAAUAUUGUCGUUUUAGUUUUCCCGUGUUUAAAUUAAUAUAUAGUUUUGUUAAACAAGUGUCGUUUUUGAAAAUAAUGCUAGUUUAUUUUGUUUUCUUUGAAAUUUGUCGUUUUUUCCGAAUAAUGUCGUUUAUGGAAAUGAUUUCUUAGUUUAUGUCGUUUAUCGGAAAUAAUGCCUUAAUUUAUGUCGUUUUCUGAGAAAAUUGUCGUUUUUUAUAAAUAUUGUCGUUUUGGUUUUCCGUGUUUAAAUGAAUAUGUCGUUUAAGAAGUGUCGUUUUUUGAAGAUAAUGCUAGUUUGUUUCGUUUUCUUGGAAAUUUGUCGUUUUUUUUUAAUAA